AUGGCCGUCGACGUCUUUGCGGUUCCCGUCUUCCUCGUCGUCUUCAGAGAGACUCUCGAGACCGUCAUCAUCGUCUCGGUCCUGCUUGCUUUCCUCAAGCAGACCCUCGACGGUCCCAAUGGCGAUAUCAAGGUGUACAAGCAGCUUAGACGCCAGGUCUGGCUCGGCACCGGUAUAGGCUUCUUCAUCUGCAUGAUCGUUGCCGCCGCUCUCAUCGGCGUCUUCUACACCGUUGGCAGCAACUCGUGGGAGAAGCACGAGUACUACUACGAGGGCGCCUUCUCCCUCUUCGCCUCCCUUAUUAUCUCCGUCAUGGGCGCUGCUCUGCUCCGUGUCGGUAAGAUGCAGGCCAAGUGGCGCAUCAAGCUCGCCAAGGCCCUCGAGUCCCCCCUCAAGGCUGGCUCCAAGGGCUGGUUCAAGAAGUCGCUCGAGAAGUACGCCAUGUUCGUCCUUCCCUUCAUCACAGUCCUGCGUGAGGGUAUCGAGGCUGUCGUCUUCGUUGCUGGUGUGUCUUUCUCCGCCUCGGCCAAGUCCAUCCCCCUGCCCACCGUCGUCGGCCUCAUUGCUGGCUGCUUCGUUGGUUACGUUCUGUACAAGGGUGGUUCGAGCACCAAGCUCCAGCUCUUCCUCGUGGUUUCGACCUGCCUUCUGUACCUCGUCGGUGCUGGUCUCUUCUCCCGCUCCGUCUGGGCCUUCGAGAUGGCCAAGUGGAACGAGUACAUUGGCGGCGAGGCUGAUGAGUUUGGCAAUGGCCCUGGCUCAUAUGAUAUCGACCAGAGUGUCUGGCACGUCAACUGCUGUGCCUCUACCGAUACCAUCCAGAACGGCUGGAGCAUCUUCAACGCCAUCCUGGGCUGGACUAACUCGGCCACUUAUGGCUCUGUCAUCUCGUACAACCUGUACUGGAUCUGCGUCAUGCUCGGUUUCGUCGUCAUGCGGUUCCACGAGACCCACGGCCGCUGGCCCUUCAUGAAGGCCAAGGCCCCUGCUGCCGCUGUCAACGAUACCGAGAGCCAUGCCAGCUCUACCGUUCCCAAGAACAUCCCCGCCGAGAAGACCACCACCGUAGGAUCGGCGUAA